GAAGCAGAACUCCAGUCUACGCGUAGGAUACGGGCUGUCGUAUUUGGAGCCUAGAACUGAAAUUCGCCGUUAAAAUUAGUCUAAAUACACAACUGUAAGUCUCGAUGCCUCUCAUUUAGGCCAUCGGUGGCACAGCUGACCGCUGUAUUAUGCCCCGAAUUAAAAGCGGAGGCACGGUUCAAGCUUUACAGUACCGGGAAAUCGGCAUCGGAAAGUCUCCAUACAGGUCCAGUCUGAAGAUACUGCGUCUGCUAAUAUGUGACAAACGUUCGACGUUCACGAAGUUCUGGGAGAUCCACUCGAAGUCCCCGAUUGCUUUUGAAGAUGGCCACAUCUACCUUGACAACUACAGGACCUGUUUGGCAUUGAAUGGCCUUAACUUCUGCCCAAGCCCUCUCUACAGGCUGUCCCAGGAGCCGAAAAACAAAAAAAUUGAAGAUGCCUUGGUGUAUACAGGGCCACUGCACCGGUUGCCUGAACGGGCGAAGGACUGCAGAGCACACUUCCUGUCGCUUACGGCUGACAACUGGGUUUACUGCCAUGACAAGAUGAAUGGCAAGGUUCUCCAAGAAAUCUAUCUGGGAUCUCCGAGCCGUUACAAAUUCAAGCACAUUGACUGGGAGACCCACGGCGAGACCAUCAUUUUGCAGUCCCUGCAUAACCACAGUCAUCCGCAGCUCACACAACCGGCAGCAAGGAGCAAACCAAGAGUUCUGAUCACAAUAGCAGUGUUUAACAUGUUUCCUCUUCAGUUCAAAGGCGUGCUGGAAAUUGACAGAGCUAUCUUUGGGAAAGAAUGCAACCACGCCAACGUUUCAGAGGGCCUCCUUAUUGUCGGUACAGGCAGCACCUUGUCUGGGACUGUAAGGUUGUACAACUUCAGGAGCAUUCUUGAAGAGUCAUGCAUGUUUCCGGCUAAGCUCUAUGAGCCUUGCUUAGCGCUGGAUGGAGCUAAAGUGGGAACUUAUCCUGCUGGCCUACCUUUGAACUGCAAGCUCACAGAACCUCCACCUGUUCUUUUCGAGGUAAAGUGCUCGGAGUUCAUGCUACACUUUGGGUGCUUCCCUUGGCAUUACAUCUGCAGCCCUCCAUCGAGAGAAGGCGUCUUUCAGGUAAAAUCAGUGGAAACUGAUGAGCUGGCUGAGAAUGGACUCCUGGACUUUCCCAAUUCAAGCACAGAGCCAGACUCCAUCGCGUUUCAUCCUGACGACUCUGGAAAGAUAGUCUACAACUCUUCACAUUUCAUCAAGAUCUUUAAAUUAAUUACAAACAGCAAGAACAAGCCAUCUCUGAAGGAGUGCUUUGAGAUUACCUUUCGUGAGCCGCCAACCCGUACUUGCGAAGAGACAAACGACAACAAGCCACCGCGACGAAAGUGCAAGACCCUCUACGACAUGCACAGCACUCAGUGUGCAGAGAAAAGCCUCUUGUCCGAUGACUAUGAGAAUGAGCUAGAGCUGUAUAGCGUUCUCGGAUUCAACCCGAUGGAUGAGAGAUGCUUGGGAAAAGUAGGUAUCUACGACAAUGAGACGGGCCACGAAAUCAAGUCUUUUGAAUUGGGUAUGAAGCUCGAUGAGCUCUGCGACUACACUCUGACGCUGGACCUCGACACCAUGGUGGUCCUUGUCAAGGACGAACGGCGCAACUUCUCUUGCUACCUGUACAGGCUGCAUUUUCCGGGACUCGUCGACUAUCCACGCUUUAGGCGCUACACCACGAGAAACACGGUGCUGCAGAGAUCUCAGCGUGACAGUGCCGCCACCAGCAAUAACGGCGUCGCUCACAACAAUGACAGCGAAGGCGUGGCCGUCCCGUCGUCGUCGCGCAACAUCAGAGUAGUGAGAUGUACAAACCACUGAAUGGUUGUUUUGCUGCAGCGAGCAGUCUUGAUUCUCUCUCCCCUCCCUUUAUGUCUGUCUUGUCUUAUUACAGCAGUGCAUUGCAUUCUGCUGGAUGCCUGGUAGUGCGUCUGACCACUUAGGGUGGUUGUCUUUUCAUCGUAUGUUUGUGUCAAUAUGGCAGGGAACUUGCAGUCACUUGGACAUUGAAUGAACACAUGCCUAGGUUGCUGCUUGCAAUGCAUUCUGUUUAUUACGCAGGUUCGAACUGCUGUGAAGGCUGUUUUUUUUUUUUUGUGGUGUUUGCAUUACAUGUAUAGUGUACAGUUAGUUGUCAGACGUUGAUCCUGUCAUCUUGGGCUGAGUUAUUUUUUCUUCUGCAUCAGAGAAUGCAGGCCGACUUUGGGCAAGUGCUGUUAUGUUAUUGAGGGACUUUUGUUGCGGUUCCAAGUGUUGUGUGCAUACAGUGUAGUGUUGCUUUUGUUUGUUGACAGUCUGUCAUUUUAAUGUUUUUGUUUUGCUUUGUUAGACAUGCUAUUCACUUCAUUGCACGUCAGGUUCUGGCUUCAAAAUGCUGUUGGCUGACAUAGCGUUUCUACCAAUACGUACAGAAUCUGUGAGCGCACGCAGUUCGUUGCAUAUUUCAGAAUGCUCGAUUUGGUUAAUGUCCGAUAUCAACGCAUGUUGCGCACAAUUGUGCUAUUUAUUAUAAAUAUUUAGUUCGGAGUGAACGAGAUUUUCGGUUUAAAGACAAAAACUGAUGGUGCAGUUAUGUGAGCCAUCGCUAAAUAAACCUAACUACAACAAAGUUGAAUCUUGCAAGAAAGUAAGUUUGUUUGUUACAUCCGAAAAUUUGAUAUAAAGGUUAUCCCUAACACUGUUAUCUACUGCAAGACCAUUUUUCAUUUACUUUGUUAUAUCCCUGUUCGUUAUAUGGAGGUUUGAGUGUACAUCUUGAAACAUCACUGAUGACUAUAGAGUGUUUUGAUAGGCCAUUCAGAUCGCAUUGACUGGUUUAACUUAAUUUGUAGUGCCAAAUUUUAGUAAAAGAAGUCUAAGAAUUCACAUAGCUUUGAACCAUUAAUCGGAAUGCAUGCUUGUAAAAUAUGCACAUUGACCUAAGUUAUCAACUGUUAUACAGAAUGCUUUGUCAUUUAUGAUUUUUCUUUUUUUUGUUGCCAUUCUGUAGUGUUUCUGCCCCAAUUCCUCAAUGCUCAUAACAGAUAUGUUGUUUUUUACUGGUCACUCAAAUAAAUAAAAUCUUGUUUAUCAAGGUUUUUGUACUUCUGAAA